CAGCAGUGUUUGACGUUACUGUCAAGAUAUGGAGUAACCUCCCUCCACUAUCACUUACUAAAAAGACAAAUAAAAAGGAUCAGUUUCUCAUGGAUUGCCGAAGGUUCGCGUUGACAGUUAGUGUUUUGAAUAUGCCGUGAAUUUAUCCCGUCUGUUCUUUUAACUUGAAAAGGUUAUAAAGUUUUAUCUAUAUUAAUCUCACUCGAUUCGUUGCUACAAAUUUUCAGUAUUAACAUACUCGAAGUUACCUUGCUUAAUUUAUUUAAUAUUGCUUGUCAUUCACCAAUUAUUUGUUUUUUGAAAAUAUUUUACCAUUUAGUGUUUCGUUUUAAGAAAAAAUCUCUCUAUUAUAUCAUGACAAAGAAAAUUGAAGAUGAUACCCCAGUGGUUACACCUAGUAAUAAUUAUGAUGCUGUCAGAAAUGCAGCUAGUGACAACUUGGUAUUUUUCAAAAAUAAUAAUAGUGAUACAGGCCAAAAAAUGUCUGAGUACUUGGGUACAAUAUUAGAUAGUGUGGAAUCUUUAGUGCCUUUAAUGAAGAGUGUUGAAGAGAAAUCACACUUGUAUGACUUCAGCGAAGAUGUUAAAGGUAAUGGAUAUACUUCUUGGUUAAAAAAUGCAGACAUCGUCGUGAAUCGUACAUUGAGAAUCCUUGAAGAAGUAACUUCUAAGAGAAACACAUAUUUUUUUCGUAAAUAUCAUUACUUGAAGGAAGUCAAGGCUUAUUCCGAAGCAAUGGGAUCGAUGUGUGUGAUAAUGAAUUACCUGUUGUUAAUGAUGUCUUGGUCUGAAUCUAAUCAUGAUCUUCUUAUAAAUGAUCACGAACCUAAUUUUUUUGAUGUUAUCUCAAAGGAGGAUAAGCUUGUAAAUCUUUAUUGUUUUUAUGGCCGUUUAAGUUGCUUUCAAUUCUGCGAUUCGAUGGCCACAGUCCUGAAUGCUUUGAAUAUUCUAAUGGCAACGUUUAGUGAAGUUUACUAUAAUGAUGGUUAUAUUAUCGAUCCUUUAUUAAGAGGAAGUAAAUAUUGGGUCGAUCCAGAAGUAAGAGCGAAACGUAUCGUAAAUAUUGUGAAAUAUGCAUCUGUAGAUUUUUGCAAAAACUAUUGGUUCCUCGGUGAAGUAGAAAUAAUGCAGAGGAUUCCAAGUAUAAUGCUCCCCAGCUUACAAGUCAACAAAUUAAUAAUGCUAGACCCGGUCCCUCUUGUAGUUGAAAAUGUAUAUGGCAAGAAUAUUGACAUUCCAAUACCAACAGCCCACAUCGGUCAUGCUUCGAUACCUCUCCGACUCCUGUCUUCAUCACUCCGGUUGGGAAUGGAGACCGAGUCCAGUUCGAAAAGUGGCUUCAAGUACCCUUCCGAUUCGCUGCUCUUCCACUGCCACGGCGGAGGCUUCGUCUCCCAGAGCAGCCGCUCACACGAGAACUACCUGAGGCAAUGGGCGAUCGACCUCGACAUCCCCGUGCUCUCGGUCGACUAUUCCUUAGCUCCAGAGGCUCCCUACCCCAGGGCACUCGAAGAGAUCUUCUAUGCCUAUUGUUGGGCCCUUUCCAACUCGUCUCUUCUGGGAACGACUGCCGAGAAGAUAGUCUUUGCAGGGGAUUCUGCUGGUGCAAACCUCAAUAUUGCCCUGACCAUGAUGUGUCUUGAAUACGGAGUGAGGAAACCGCAAGGCCUAUUCCUAGCCUAUGUUCCGAUCAUCAUGUCAUUAGAUCCCUCUCCGUCACGCCUCUUCUCUCUCGUAGAUCCUCUGUUGCCGAUGGGCUUUUUGAACGGCCUAGUCAAAGCCUACACAGCAACGUCAGAUGUAUAUGAUAAAACCAAAAUUUAUGAAAGAAAGUUACGACGGAACGUGGCCAAGUCUAAAGGUUUGAAGGGCGAGCCUUCUACCGAAAACAGCCCAACAAAUGGUGAACUGGACUCUAAGACUCGUAAGUUUUUCAUCAUGUUUUAA